AUGUCUUCCGACGAUGUCCCCGUCUCUCAACACAAGCCCUCGUCAACCAGUUUCGCAGAUGUCUUCAAGAAUUUAGGUGUCGGUCGACCCAAAUCGCAUUCCCCAGUCUCUCUGCAAGAAAGCAGCAGCGAGUCUCCGUCUCAUCCCGAUUGUCGCGCAACCCACAGGCUCAUAUACGGUCUAGACUCAAUGCAUCGGGGUAGCGUGGUGUCGAGUUCCUCGGACAUUCCCAGUGCUCCGGACUUCGAUGCGUCUCUGCAAGCCUUGUCGCAAAGACAGAACCUGGCCCAAGCCAUUGAAGAGUCCGAACUUCUUGCCAAGACUCUUCAAUGGUUUAGCUCUGAGCAGUCCGUGGUAUUAUGGGAAGCUGCUGAGUAUCUUCUGCAUUAUGAAGGUUCCUUGGAUGCGCAGAAAGGCGGAGCGAAAUUACUAGAGGCAAUCGCAGCCCGCCAAGAUCUCUCACCGGCUGCGAGACGCAUGGUUUUUGAAUCAAUCGCUUCGCCUGUUGAACCUGAGGUAGUCGCUUCGCGUGUCCAGUCACUCAUUUCCUUGUCCGAUCAUGGUAGGAAAUUGGAUUUCACGGGCUCUUCUAUCUUGCAUAUCAUUUCGUCUUGGAUUCUCCCACUGUACGAUAUGAUUGCAACUACACGGUCCAAAUCCAAGAAAUCCAAGCCUACAAAACAGCACAGCAUGACCCAUGACGAAGAAAUGCUUGGAGAUCUCUUCCAGUUUGCUGUUGACCUGAUUACAUUGCAGCGAAAACAACCAAGUCAAUCGGAAAUCGAACUUCUUCUUGCGGAAACAUUCACCACGUGCAGAAGGACCAGCGUCGCCGCUGACAUAAAAAAUUCACUGGCUGUCUUUGACGCUGUGAUUGUGUACGCCGAUGUGCCUGACGCAAGCUUUGCUACUCUCUUGGAGGUUCUCUGCAGUAUCCACGCAUCAGUCAAGUCUCUCUCUGGGCCCACUUCCCGGGCAGUCCGCAGUUUAGCCAAAUCGCGACGACAGGAAGAGAUGGUGAAUACUCUACAUGAGUUUUUGAGAGAUUCUUGUUCCGCUGAGCAAACCCGCAAUCUCAAUGUUCUCCGAGGCACACUUUAUGUGUUCUCGGAUUUCCUUCGUGCAUAUGGGCAAGAUGGCAUGCCUGAGCUUCCAUUUGACCAAUUGAUAGAAUCUUUGCAUGCAAUUUCCCAGAAGGAUGACAGCCGAGUAGAUGCUGAUAUCUUGGAUUUGUGCUUGAACAUUCUUGAAGGAGACUAUGUUCACAUAGCAUUGAAUCACGAUUGGAAGGUAUUUGCCGACCUCCUCAUGAUCUGCUCUCGCAGAAUCGGGAGUGAUUCUGCUGGUUCUCCCACUUCCUCUACAAACUCACCACUGAAAAGCGCCCACGACGAAACCAAAUCUUACAUUCUGGCGAAUUUGAUCCGCAUCUCUACCGUCAUUGAAUCACACUGGGGGCAACUCACCAAUGAGCAAAAGCAACAUACAGUCGGAUUCUUUUUAAAAAUCUAUCAGCACGUCGAGCCUCCGCAAGCCGAGCUGAUUAUCAAUUCCAUAAGGAAGGACAAGCUUUGUUGCCCUUCUGACAACCCAACCUGGGUUCAGCAUUGUCACGAGUUGAUCGAGUGUUUUGUUCAACCUCGAAAACAGAGCUCAGACAUUCGCAUAUUAGCCUUGGACACUUUAAAGGAAGCCUUGUCCGGCCAUGAAGCUUUAAUGUUCUCUCAAGACCACGGUAUUCUGAGUCUCUUGCUGAGGGAUUUUUCUUCUGAGCAUGACCUCCUUUUCUUGGAAUCGCUGGUUUCAUUGUUGACGGAGCCAGCGACACAGCACGCCGACGAUGAAACAUUCCAAUUGCUUGUCAACACUAUUGCAGCACCAAUGGAGAAGGAUUUGAGCAAGGACGAAUCGCGGGAAGCCACUUCUAGUCAUUCAUCCUCGCGUCGAACAUCAACAACAAGCGUGCUGGAGCUUAGCUUGACCAAUGUCUGUUCUGUGGGCCUUGUAAAAAUGAUGCUGCGUGCCUUGAGCUCUUUUUCGGCAAAGGCUAUUAUGGCAUUCGAGGUACUACUAGAGAUUGCGCAAUCUCCAACCCGACCAACAGACUCUCGUCUCACGGCACUGAAGCUGCUUUUCCGCCUGCGCUGUGACUCGGCCGGAGCAGUCACUGUCAUCUCAACAUCAGAAAGUGAUUUCUUGAUGAAUGUUCUGGGCCGUAACCUUGACGGGGGCUCUAAAUUACAAACCUCGAGCGACAGUCCAUCCCGUGACCAACCACAUAACGAAAGUCUCCCGGUCUCGCCGACCACGAAGCUUCCAACAAGAGAGGCCACGCCCAGCGCUGCUUCAAAAACGGCUCCGCGGGGCUCGGUCUCUGCGCGUGGGUCCAAGCUCACAGCCCCGGCGUGGACGCAUGCUUUGCCUCAGGUACUUCCCGAGCAACCCCCCGGAGAGUCCAGUCCUGUGGUAUUUGCCCACGCUCAGCCCGAGGUAUCAAAUCCCUCGGAGGUGACCGAUGAGGAUGAAUCGACGGAAUCGACACCCCUUGAGCCAAAGGAAAUUGGACUUCUGAGGGUCAAGAUGUGGCUUGAGCUCGUGAUCACCCUGCUCCAGCGAGAGCCUGAUUGGGAUGUGUACAGUUAUGUCCUGACUCAUCUUGGGCCUCAGCUUGGUAACAAGGAAUUUUUCAAGGAUGCGAUCCCGCAAGUCACAUUUCUUCGCAGUAUUUUGUGUGAUCAGGUUAAGAACGGGACUUUCCAUGAACCACCUGAGACCACUGGUCUCAAGAAGAGCGAUGUCGCUGCCUGUAUAUUCGAUGCGCUCUGCAUGCUCGUCAGUUAUCACGACCACUUCGCCAAAAGUGAAGAGGACGAUUUAGUCAGAGCGUUCAUGCAAGGAAUCAUCGGCUCGUGGGGAGGUACCUCUCGCGGCUGUAUUCAAGCCUUGUCAAUUUGCUGCCAUGAAAUUCCAAUGUCUGUCACCAAAUCGUUGACAAGCAUUCUUGACAGAAUGUCAAAGGUGAUUACGAUGUCAAAUGUUGCAGUCCACAUUUUGGAAUUCUUGGCUCUUCUCGCACGACUUCCUGAUGUGUACGUCAAUUUGCGCGAAGAAGAGAUCCGAACGGUAUUUGGCAUCUGCAUUCGCUUCUUGCAAACCUCCAGAGAGCAACGCUACAGAGCCGCUGAGUCGGCUUUACGGGCGUCUCAGUCGGCCCAGUCGGUCCAGUCUCCUCAAUCCAGACUCAGCGCUGGCUCAAAGGAAAUCGCUGCACAUGCCGCUGAAGCUAUGGAGUCUUCUCAGGAUGGCAUGGCUAAGUACAUCGCCAAUCUCACUCAUCAUGUCAUGAUCUUCUGGUUCUUGUCUCUGAAACUUCAGGAUAGGCCCAAGCAUGUGAACUGGAUUACAAGCAGGUUGAUAUACCGCGAUGAGCAUAGCAAGGAGGUGGUUGAGGAACAAAGUCAGGUUUUCAUUGAUCUGAUGCAGCGAGUGGCAUACUCAGAUCUCGGAGAGACCGUACCGUUUAGUGAAUUCCCUCCUUCGCAUGAUGAUGGCCCCGUGUCCAAGAAAUCUUGGGUAGUGGGCAUGAGUAUUGUCACCGUUGAAAGUGCCGGGUGCUCUGGGUUGUCUCAAAUCACAAAGCGCCAGGCAUCUGGAACCACAUACUCUGUCUAUCAGCAAAGGACAGCCCCAGUCCUCCCGCAUCAAGUUCCACCAACUCCAGACUCUCACUUGCACUCCGACUCUAUGCCAACUGCCGUCCUUCCUAGUCAUAUCAUGCUUCAACUGAGUGCUACUGCCUUCCCCAGUCCUACAGUCAUGCAACCUAUUCCGGUCCCGGAGGAUGAUAUCACGCGUCGUGCUAUUGGUAACUUUGAUCGGACCGACAUUGUUGAUGGACACCGAAUCGGCAUCGUGUUUAUCGGCAAUGGCCAGACCAAGGAGGCGGACAUCUUAGCCAACACUGGUGGUUCUGCCGAUUAUGAGCACAUGCUGGUCGGGUUAGGAACCGAGGUAUCCCUCCGAAAUCCUCAGUUCAACCCACAGGGACUUUAUGCCGACACCGAUGGAGAAACCACCUAUGCCUGGCGCGAUCGUGUCACAGAAAUUGUGUACCACGUUGCAACCAUGAUGCCUACGGAUCUUGAUCGGGACCCAGCCUGUAUCAACAAAAAGCGAAACAUCGGCAAUAACCAUGUCACCAUCGUCUUCAAUCGUUCGAACCUCCCCUUCAAUUUCGACACAAUUCCGUCCGAGUUCAACUCCAUCAACAUCGUCAUCACUCCAUCAUCGCGGAUUGCUUACGACGCAAAUGGGAAUGCUGAUGGCGAAACUGAUCCGAAGAAGCUGUAUUACAGCGUCCAAGUUAUCAGCAAGCCUGGUUUCCCUGACGUAUCACCUGCCGCGACACCCAAGAUCAUUUCCGGCAAGAAUCUGGCCGCCUUUGUUCGGAUCCUUGCGUUGAAUGCGUCCGUCUUCUCUCUGGUCUGGGAUAACAAGGGUGGCGAGCAUACAUCCUCCUGGCGAACUCGACUACGAGAAAUCAAGAAGGUUCGUGAGCGAGCACUCGCGGCACAAGCCCAAUCGUUUGAGGCUGCCGAGGGGGCCUACCCUGGCCAGCGGCGCAACACUAAGCCGAACAUCUUUUCGGAGGAGCUGCCGUCGCGCACUCCAAUCCAAACCGACUUCGCUUCGGACUGGAACGCUGCUGCAGACACGAACAUCCUACAAAAUUUGGAUUUCUCCCGCUGGUCGCGUUGA